UUAUACUUGGGUGAAAUGCUAUGAAACUAAAAAACAUGGUUUGGUUUUUCUUUUCUUUAGCUAAAGAAUUCUGGUUUUUGUUUUGUUCUACCACACAAGAAGGAAUUUGCUAAUUUGGUUUAGUUUUACGGAAUCAUAGAGUUUGAUCAUGAUUUGGUUACCUUCUGAAAAUAAAUAAAGAAUUAGGGAAAUUUUAGAUGCCUGCUGUCCUGCAUUUCCAACCAUUAAGAACAAGUUGAUAAAUGAGUUCCCAGAUCACGAGAUAGAAAUCCUUUUUCUUCUCUUCUCCAUUGUUUUACACAACUACAAGACUUAAAAACACCAACACUAGGUGUGAAAUCCAUAUUGAUCUCAUCUAUAUUUCCUUCAAAAACAAGAGGAGCUAGCUUGAGAUUUUCCUGUGACCAUUUUCUGAGCAAUCUGCAUUCCUGGUUCUUCCUCCAAGGUUUGUUGACGUGUCAAAGUAGUAGUAACUGCAUUUUGCAACUCGUGACUGAUCAUCAUCUUGUUUAAUUUUUAAUUCCAAUAUAUUCCCAGAACAAUCUCACACUGCAAUAGUACAUAAAUGGUAACAUUUUUACAGCUCAGCCCAACACAAGACAUUCAUUGCUACCAAAAUUCAUUUGAAAAUCAUUUCUGUUUACUCUGCCACACACUCACCUUCUCCCUCAUAAUAAAGUCACAAGAACCGUUAUUAGUGCCUGUAGCUCUCAGGCAGAGAAGGAAGAACUUCUGGUCAGAUUUGCAUUCAAGGGAUGGUUAGAGCUGCAUUUGCUUUUCUCUAUUGUUGAGAGUUCUUUUCUAAAAUUCCUUUUCUAUUAAAAUUCAAUAUCGUUUUCUUGGAUUAUCUUAAGGAAAUACAAUCCAACCCUAAAGCCAUACUAUUUUACUGACCACCCAAAUGUUGUUGAAACUCUUUUUGGAGGAGAAAAGAUUCACGCUUCUUUAACAUAACUGUUCCGCUUUAUUUCACCCAAAGACGUCUCUUUAGUUUUGUGUAAUUUAGAUCCAAAACCCAUCAACCCAUCUCUUAAAAUUUUCUGAGAAAAAAUGUCAAGGUCCAAUUUAAAUACACCUUUAAUAUCUCCAUCACUAUCAUCACCAAAGCUCCCUGAUUUCAAACAAUCUGUGAAAUUGAAGUAUGUAAAGCUUGGUUACCAUUACCUCAUCACUCAUGGAAUGUACUUGUUCCUAACCCCUCUUUUUGUUCUCACUGCUGCACAACUCUCCACAUUCUCACUCCAAGACCUCCAUGACCUUUGGGAUCAUUUGAGGUUCAAUCUCAUAUCCGUUCUGCUCUGCUCAACUCUCUUGGUCUUCUUGUCCACCCUCUACUUCCUCACUCGUCCCCGCCCCGUUUACCUUGUUGAUUUCUCAUGCUACAAGCCCGAAGAUGCUCGAAAAACCACUAGGCACGUGUUCAUGAAUUGCUCACAUUCCAUAGGAACAUUCACUGGGCAGAAUCUUGAGUUUCAGCGCAAAAUUAUUGAGAGGUCAGGUCUUGGGGAGUCUACAUAUCUCCCUGAAGCUGUUAUAAGGGUGCCUCCUAAUCCAUGUAUGGCAGAGGCAAGAAAAGAAGCUGAGAUGGUAAUGUAUGGUGCCCUUGAUCAGCUGUUUGAGAAAACUUUUAUAAAACCAAAGGACAUUGGCAUUUUGAUUGUGAAUUGUAGCUUGUUCAAUCCAACACCAUCUUUGUCAGCUAUGGUGAUCAAUCAUUAUAAGCUACGAGGGAAUGUUAUUAGUUACAAUCUUGGUGGGAUGGGAUGUAGUGCUGGUUUGAUCUCGAUUGAUCUUGCUAAAGAUCUUCUUCAAGUCCACCCGAAUACCUAUGCUUUGGUGAUUAGUAUGGAGAACAUCACUUUGAAUUGGUAUUUUGGGAAUGACAGGUCAAUGCUUGUGUCAAACUGCUUGUUUCGAAUGGGGGGAGCUGCAAUUUUGCUUUCGAACAAUAGGUCUGAUAGGCGUCAAUCCAAGUACCAGUUAGUCCAUACUGUUCGAACACAUAAAGGUGCCGAUGACAAGUGUUUCUCUUGUGUUACUCAAAAAGAGGAUCCUGCAGGGAAAAUCGGUGUUUCUUUGUCAAAGGAUCUUAUGGCAGUAGCUGGGGAUGCUUUGAAGACCAACAUUACAACUUUGGGUCCUUUGGUGUUACCUAUGUCUGAACAGUUGCUCUUCUUUGCUACACUUAUUGGAAGAAAGCUUUUCAAGAUGAAGGUGAAGCCUUACAUCCCGGAUUUCAAAUUGGCUUUUGAACAUUUCUGCAUUCAUGCUGGAGGAAGAGCUGUGCUGGAUGAAUUGGAAAAGAAUUUGCAGCUUUCGGACAGACAUAUGGAGCCUUCAAGGAUGACCCUAUACAGAUUUGGCAACACCUCAAGCAGCUCUCUUUGGUAUGAACUGGCUUAUACAGAAGCCAAGGGAAGGAUGAAGAAAGGUGACAGAACGUGGCAGAUAGCUUUCGGGUCUGGCUUCAAGUGUAAUAGCGCGGUUUGGAAGGCUUUGAGGACUGUGAAUCCAGUAAAGGAGAAGAACCCGUGGAUGGAUGAGAUCGACAUGUUCCCGGUGCAUGUUCCAAAGGUCUCAGCCCUCUAAACUCAUAUGGCAGUUUCCCAUUUCUUCUAGGUGUGUUGGGGAAAGUUGGUUUUCUCUUCUAGUCGUAAAUCUUCUUGUUUGUGCUUGAAUAGUCUCCGUAGUGUUUUAUUUACAAUCUGUCAUGGCUAGUUCUUUUGACAAUGUCAGAGUGGUUUAUGUUGUUAUUUCCUGGGUGAUCCAUGAUUCACAAUCAAUCAUUAGCAAUCGGUGUUUCUUGGA